CGGGAAAUUGCCGUUGUUGAGACCCAGGUUAUUUGCACAAAAGCAGUUAAAUCUCCUCAUCCACCCUAAGGCUCAGGUUGCCAGCAUUGACCUGUUCUUGACCGCUUUGCGUGUGUUGCGCCUAAGUACUUAACCAGUUACACCGCCCCUCACAGGCUCACACCCCUCUCAGCAACUCGCCUUUCCCUCCUACCACACCUCACAACAAUAGCAAAGAUGGCUGCUCGCCCCCAGAACAUCGGUAUCAAGGCCAUUGAGCUGUACUUCCCCAGCCAGUGCGUCGACCAGACUGAGCUCGAGAAGUUCGAUGGCAUCGCCGCUGGCAAGUACACCAUUGGUCUCGGCCAGACCAAGAUGUCUUUCUGCGACGAUCGUGAGGACAUCUACUCAUUCGCCCUGACCACCGUCUCCACGCUUUUCAAGAAGUACAACAUCGACCCCAAGACCAUCGGCCGCCUCGAGGUCGGUACCGAGACUCUCCUUGACAAGUCGAAGUCGGUCAAAUCUGUUCUCAUGCAGCUGUUUGAGGAGAGCGGUAACUACAACGUUGAGGGUGUUGACACAGUGAAUGCGUGCUACGGCGGUACCAACGCUCUGUUCAACUCUGUUAACUGGAUUGAGUCUUCUGCCUGGGAUGGCCGUGACGCCGUCGUUGUCGCUGGUGAUAUCGCGCUCUACGCCAAGGGCAACGCUCGCCCUACCGGUGGUGCUGGCUGCGUUGCCAUGCUCAUUGGUCCCAACGCUCCUAUAGUCAUGGAGCCCGGCAAGCGCGGCUCCUACGUCAGGCACGCCUACGAUUUUUACAAGCCCGACUUGACGAGCGAGUACCCCAUUGUUGACGGUCACUUUUCGAUUAAGUGCUACACCGAGGCUGUUGAUGCCUGCUACAAGGCCUACAACGAGCGUGAGGCGACAUUAAAGGCUCAGCAGAACGGCAACGGCGUCAACGGCCACUCUGAGGAGCAGGAGACUCCUCUCGACCGUUUCGACUACAUGGCUUUCCAUGCACCCACCUGCAAGCUCGUGUCCAAGUCGUACGCUCGUCUUCUCUACAACGACUACCUAAAGAACCCUUCAAACCCCAUCUUCGCUGAGGUCCCCGCUGCGAUCAAGGACAUCUCUUACGAAGCCUCUAUCUCUGACAGGACCGUCGAGAAGACCUUCAUGGCUCUCGCCAAGAAGCGAUUCGCUGCUCGCGUCCAGCCCAGCAUCCAGGUCCCCACCAUGUGCGGAAACAUGUACUGUGGCAGUGUCUACGCCAGCUUGUGCAGCUUGCUCGCCAACGUCGACAGCCAGACUGCUCAGGGCAAGCGCAUUGCUCUUUUCAGCUAUGGAAGUGGUCUCGCUUCGUCUUUGUUCUCCUUCACCGUCAAGGGCAGCUACGAGCAGAUUGCUAAGUCGCUCGACAUCCAGAACCGCCUCGACGCCAGGCGCGUUGUUGCCCCUGAGGUUUACGACCAGCUCUGCGACCUCCGCAAGCAGGCUCACCUCCAGAAGGACUACACUCCCAAGGGUGAGACCGACGGCAUCCUGCCCGGCACUUACUACCUCACUAAGGUCGACGACUUGUUCCGCCGCACCUACGAGAUCAAGCAGUAGAUACCCUAUGAUCUCUCGCUUGUACUUUCUUCUUUGCUACAUUCUGGGCAUAGACUUGGUCAGGGUUGCAUCACUUAAUUAGGCGUCAGUAGACCGCAUUGGCAUAUGAGAACUCGAUGAGGUCGGGCCGCCCUACGAUCGUUAUGAUGAUUUGGACGGAACGGAUGGAAAGGAAUGACAUACUUGAUUGUCGACAAUUUUACGACAGUUCAAAAGAGCUUAGCAAUUUUAAUAUACACUUCUCGCGAAGUCUUGUUGAAGAUGGACAAAAACGGAACAGCAACCAAACGAGAGCCAUCUGGUAUGAGGUCAUUACUCAAACCGCUCUUCCUGACAAUGAUCUCAGUGUAGAAAUGGGAUUUCAAUAUCAGAAUGCCGAACGCCGCAAGGCUCAGAAGUACUGGCUGUUAUGCUCACACAUGUCCUACAACACCAUA